UAUUGUUUAGGAAAAUUUAAGUGAACGUCACAAAAAUGCUUUAUGUAACCUCUUUUGAAAGAAAUGCAUUUACUUCGUGCUAGUUUGACUACUGUUUAAUAGAUUUGGCUAAAUGGUGACACGGAAACCAAUGCAAUUUCAAAGAAGAGAAGCAGGUUCUGCUUUAUAAAUACAGAAAACUUCAAGCACGAUGUGAGGCUACAGCAGCCUCGCUGAGAAAAUGAGAUUUUUAUGAUCCUGGAAGAUUCAAUGGGAGGCUGGUACAGUAUCUCUCUGUUUAACAGUUACUUUGAUUUGGGUAAAACAAGAAGAUACUUUCUGCUACCUAAUUUGAACGAAGCCUAUCGCUUUUGGUCCCUUCUCUUGUUUGAUGAAUUUGUGCCAUGAAUUACCUGAUCAAAAAGACAAAGGCAACCGUGUUCCAGAGCCAGAAACUUGUGUAUAUAAAUAGCAACUUUGCAGAUGUUAACAUUUCUGAGAUCCCCAAUGUUUGUCCCUGCGAACAUACCAGAAUUCAUCUGAAAUAUAACAAAUCCCUUUUUGCUUUUCCACUGGUGCCAUUUUAAAAAUAGUAACAUCUUAAUUGCAACAUUUCUGAUGGAACAGGGGCUCCUUUACCCUUAUGCAGGCAGCCAGAUGCUCAUUCCUUCUUUGCUUCCGUUCCUCCAACUGCUCUGCCAUGUUGUUGCAGUUACCAUCAGCACAGAGGCUGAGCAGUGUGGUGGGUUGGGAGCUGCAGCAGAUGCAUGCAGAGCCAUGCUGGAACUUGGUGUGAUGGCAGCACAUCCCCACGGUCACCAAUCUAGCAUCCUUGUGCACCUCAGGGAGAUUUAAACUGGCUUAGAAGGGUGAAUGAAAACUGUCCCUGGUGACCAGAGCACACCCCCACAUGGUUGUGGAUAGCGCUGUUCUUGGUGGUGAUUGGAGCUCUCCACUGUGGAACUGAAUUCUUGGAGUUCGUGGAACUUGCUGUGCCAAGUGCCAAUAGCUUUAGUCAGAGGUGGGUUUCAUGAGAGCAUCUUGGAAAGCAGUGCUGCUUGAGGGCUGAUGUGGAGAUGAUGUCCAAUUGCAUGUCACUCACUGGAAAGAGGUGCCUCAGCCCCAACUGCAUGAUGUGAUGUUGGUUGAGCAGGAGGUGGGAUUGAGUUUUGCAAGGCUUACCAGAUGUGAGUGCUCCAGAUGGAUGAAAAUAAUAAUAACCUGAUAAAAUAUCUCAGACUCUGAAGACAACUCAAAAUCAAGUGCUGGUACUUGCUUUAGUCCAGCAUGCCUGGGUGUCUUUUGAACUCCUUCAAAGUAGCUCUUGUACUUUAUCAGUGAAACAAAUAGUGAGUUUAAUCUCCAGCCUUUAAUUUCUCAAGGUAAUGGUGCACAGGGUGCCCUGGUGGCAGAAUGCCAUUUCCCCCUGUGGCAGUGGGCAUCCCUUUGGAACUCUCCUCAGGAUCACAACAGAUGUUGCUGCAGAGCAGCUUCCUCUUCCUCACAGUACUAUUGAAGCACAGUUAAAAUGAUGUACAUGCUGUUAAUAUCACUUUUCUGAGAUAAAACUUUGUGUCCAUGAAAGAAUCAAAAUGCCCAAGUUAGGAAACAGUUUGAGUUUCUAACACAACUGACAACACACACACAGUGAGAAGCUCCUCUGUGAAAAACAAGGGAAGCAUGGCUGCUUUCCUUCACACUUUUCCUCUUUUUUUUUUUUUUUUUUUUUCCUUUCAGUUCAUUAGUCUUGUGAAGCCAAGCAGCCUUUUCUUUCAAAUAUUUGGCUAGGUAAUAAUUCCAACAAAGCUCUAGCGGCCGCUUAUUGAUCUGGAUAAAAGUACAGAGCUUUGGAAAAGUACCGGUUUGGAUUAAACUGCCCAAUGUUUGACACAGAACAGACAAUUUGCCACCAAUUAUCACACAUAAACACGAGCAGACCACAUAAAUGGUUGCAGAACAUCAGGAAGAUAAAUAACCAGUUGCAGAUUUAAUACUGGCUGUCAUAUCACUACUUUGUGGGCUUUACUAACGACUUACCAGACAAGAGGAGCCCUUAUUCUCCCAGAUCCAAGACAGAAGAUAGAUGUGGUUUACAUUUCUCUAAAGUUAGAAUGCGUGAUGUAAAACACAGAAAUAGACAUGCACAGAGAAAAAAAGAAAACAGAAAAUGCAUAAUUUGAAAAACGUGUUAGAACAAUAGCUGCGUGAUAGCUGUGGAGCCAGGAGUUGGAUUGAGAUAUCCCAUAUCUCACUUUCCCAACAGUUGGAAGAAGAGCGUGAGUGCAUAUAGCCCUAUAAGGCUAUUUCUUCCCUGGGGGAGCCUGAUGCUUAUCUUUCAGUACUCAUGUAAAGCAAGGGGACAAUUUGUUGUGUACAGCAACGUCUCCACUUCAAAUCUGCAGGAGAAACACUGGUAAAGAAAUGCUGGGACCCAAAGAUCCCCCGGGCAGUUGGAGUGAUGGCUGCCCCCAGGGCGACACUGCAUUUUGUGACAGAAAAGCUGCUACGAAACGGGGCUCCCGCAGCUCUCACAUCUACCAGGUGCUGCCGGCAGACUCUGCCCUUUUGUAAUUUCUCCCAGCACAUCCUUCUUCCCACAGCUCUUCCUCGUCCGGCCCGGCCCAGACCGUCACACCCCCAGCCGGGGCUCCCCGACCCGCAGCUGCCAGGCCUGCUCCCCGCCGGCCGUGACCGAGGGACAGCAGGCAGGGCUGGGCUACGAAGAGGCUCUAUGCCAGCUUCAGGCACCCCAACGCCUUUCCUCCCUCAGUGCCAUCGCUUCCCAUCCCAGCCGAGAGCCCACAGCAAGAACCCAAAGGCACGGAUCCCUUUCCCGGCACCGCUUAUUGACCUCGCGGCCCCGCCCCACCACGACCCGGAAGCAGUUCUGUAAGCACUUCCGGCGGCGCCGGGCGGCCGCGGAGCCACGGGUCCGGAGCGGCGCUGCUGCCCCCGCGGCCGGCACAGCAUGCGCGGCCUGCCCUGCCCGCCCCCAUCCCGGCCCCCGGCUCCGCCGCUUCCCACCCCGUUCCGCCGCGCCCCGGCUGGGAUGUGACCGCGGCUGCGUCCCGGUGCUGCCCGCAAUGGAGGCUCCGUAUGAUGGCACUGAAGUAACUGUGGUCAUGGAGGAAAUAGAGGACACCUACACUUACACAUCACCAGUGCCUUCCAAGAAGAAAAAAAAAUACAAAAGUCCUGGUGAUCAUGGAGAAAAAGCCAAAAAACCCAGAUCUGCUUACCUCCUCUACUAUUAUGAUAUUUACUUGAAAGUACAGCAAGAGCUUCCCCACCUCCCUCAAUCUGAAAUCAACAAAAAGAUCAGUGAGAGUUGGAGGCUGCUCAGCGUGGCUGAAAAAAGCUAUUACUUGGAGAAAGCCAAGCUGGAGAAAGAGGGACUGGACCCAAACUCCAAGGUUUCCUCUCGAACUACGGUAGUUCCAGACAUUCCAGGUUUCCGCAAGAUUCUCCCUCGCUCAGAUUAUAUAAUUAUUCCCAAAACCACUCUUCAAGAGGACAGGAGCAGGCAGUCACUGGAGCUGCAUGUGACACAGGGUCAGGCAGCACCUGAAGGGACAGCUUCCACCAACAUCACAAAUACCUCCCACAAUGCUGUGCAAAAUGUCCUUUCUGUGGACUCGAGCCACGUUGGCAUUUCUGAGCAGUGCAUUGCCAUUGAAGGACUGUCAGAGGAGACCACUUCCUUCAGUCAGUCAGAGGCUGUGGAAGAAGUGGUGGCAUCGGAGGUUCUCUCUCACUAUGUUGGGCCUAUGACAGAUAAAGUGGCUGGAGAUGUCCUUUUGGAUGAGGCUUCUCUGGAAAUGGAAGGGCAGCCAUAUCAGACAACUCAGGUCGUUAUUGAAGAGACUCUGGUCAGUGGCUCUGCAGACAUCUCCAAUGGGAGCAUCGCUGUGGCCCGUCCUCAGAUUCCCGAUGGUGUGUCUGUGGUGGCUGUGGUGACUGGGAGGGAUACUGAAGAGAGCAGCUCUUCCACACCUGCUACACAGUUCAUUAUGUUACCCUUGCCAGCUCAUUCUGUUGUGGAGAACCCAACAUCAAUUAAACUGACAACCACCUACACUCGCAGGGGACAUGGGAACUGCACCAAUCCUCGCUGUUCAUUUACUUAUGUGACCAGGCACAAGCCACCAAAAUGCCCCAAAUGUGGAAACUUCCUUGGAGGGAAAUGGAUCCCAAAGGAAAAGCAACCAAAAAGCAAAUCUGAGCCUAAUUCAAGCACUUCUCUGAAAACUCCUGCAACUAAAAGAGGUCAGCAGUCAGUGUUCUCAGAGCCAGCGGCUGUUGGUGAGAGUACCUCCAAGUCUGCCCUGGAAAGCUCUGAAGCGGUCAGCCAGCUGCUGAAUGCUGUGCCUGAUGGAGGGCAAAUGGAGGAGACCGAGUGGGAGGAAGUAAUCAUCUCUGAUGCUCACAUUCUUACAAACAAUGUGCUUGCUGAAGAUGGAGGGAGUGCUGCUGGAGUGACGCUGGGUCAAGAGAGCCAACUGCGAGGAGACUCUUCUGCAGAGCAGGCAGAAAAAGAUAGCAUAGGGCUGGGAAUGCCACCAUCUUCCGAGGUGCUGAGUCCAAAUGCCUCUGCAAAAAAGCCUGUGGUAAUUGAUGCUCCAGCUGCUGCACACAAAGGGCAAGAAGUAAAGAGUAAACCAAGACCGAAGCCCUCCUUGCUGGCUGCAGCAAGGCCCAUGCGAGCAAUUCUGCCCGCACCAGCCAGCGUGGGGAGAGAAGCCAGCACUGAGCAGGCUAGCAAGAGACAGGCGUUUGCGAAUACUGACAAACAUCCUCCUGUGAGAACAUCAGGCUUGAAGCCCAGUACACUGAAGCAGUUGGGCCAGUCAGUUCUGCAACCACCCAGUGCUGACGAGCGCAAGCUCCACAGUGCUUUGACCAACAGGGCAUCACAGGUUAAAGUAGUGGAGGUCAAACCGGACGUCUUCCCUUCCUACAAGUACAGCUGCACUGUAACUUUGGAUUUGGGAUUGGCAACAUCACGUGGCAGAGGGAAAUGCAAGAACCCAUCUUGUAGUUACGUGUAUACAAACAGGCACAAGCCACGAAUCUGCCCAAAAUGCGGCUAUAAUCUUGCCAAAGACAGAGCUGAGAAAACAGGAAAAUCUCUGGAGGUCGGUCCAGGUCAGCCUGAUGUGCUGAACACCAGUGAACCCCUAACCCCAUCCCAGAAGGAGAUCCAGCGUCAAUCCACCCUGCAGCUGCUGCGCAAAGUAAUGCAGAUCCCAGAGAAUGAAUCGGAGCUGGCUGAGGUCUUCACACUCAUCCAUGAACUGAACAGCUCACGGCUCAUCCUGUCCAACGUGAGUGAGGAGACAGUCACCAUAGAGCAGACCUCCUGGUCAAACUACUAUGAGUCUCCAUCUGCGCAGUGCCUCCUCUGUAACAGCCCACUGUUCAAAGGGGGACAGAAUUCCCUUGCUGGUCCUCAGGAGUGCUGGCUGCUGACAGCUAAUAGAUUACAGGUGGUUACAGCUCAGGUCAAAGUGUGCUUGAACCUGCAGUGUUUGGCUCUCCAUAGCUUCACUGAUAUUUACACAGGCCUUUUCAAUGUGGGUAACAAGUUACUAGUGAGCUUGGAUCUUCUGUUUGCAAUCCGGAACCACAUCAAACUUGGAGAGGAUCCCAGAGUGGCUGUUGGCAAUAUUCUCAACUCUGUUCAGGAGCAAACUGAAAAAAGCCUGAGCCCAGAUGAGCAGGUUCAGCUCCAGGAACUGCUGUGCAAUGGCUACUGGGCCUUUGAAUGCCUCACUGUCCGGGAUUACAAUGAUAUGAUCUGUGGAAUCUGUGGCAUAACCCCCAAGGUGGAAAUAGCCCAGAGGAACGUAGAAAAUGUUCUGGCACUGAAAAAUAUAGAGUUUACUUGGCCAGAAUUCUUGUCAUCAAGUGAAGUGAAUGUGGAAGACUUCUGGUCCACAAUGGAGACAGAGGUGAUUGAGCAGGUGGCUUUUCCUUCUAGCAUCCCCAUCACAAAGUUUGAUGCUUCUAUUGUUGCUCCUUUCUUCCCCCCAUUGAUGAGAGGAGCAGUGGUCAUCAAUACUGAGAAGGACAAGAACUUGGAUGCACAGCCAGUGCCAGGUAAUGGGAGUGCCUUGGUGAGGCUCCUUCAGGAAGAAACCUUCAGGCUUGAGCUGAUAAGCUCUUACAGUGAGGAAGAGCUGCGGAGCUUUCUGACACAGUGCAGCAUCCCCUGGGAGCCUUCAGAUACAAAGGACCAGCUCUGUUACUCCCUCCUGGCUCUCUAUGACUUUGUACAGAAUGGGACAAGCAUCAGGCAAACCUCUGCUUACCACACAGGAGGAAAGAUCUACAAAGUGUGUCCACAUCAGGUUGUGUGUGGCUCAAAGUACAUAGUAAGAGGAGAAAAUGCUCGGGAUCAUGUGGACCUGCUGGUUUCCUCACGUCACUGGCCUCCAGUGUAUGUUGUCGAUACGGCCUCUUCAGUGGCACUGUGUGCAGACAUAUACUGUCCUGACUUGACUUCCCAGCUGUGGGGGAAAAAUCAAGGCUGCUUCUCUGACCCUAUGGAUCCUCCAGCGUACGUCUCCUGCCCCGAACUGCUGGACCAGCACUACAGUGUAGACAUGACUGUGGCUGAGCACUCCGUUCAGCACCCAAUCACCAAGUCAACAGCACGCCGAAUUGUUCACACCGGUUCGGAGCACAACAGUCAUCACGAUCCAACAGCUCGGCACCACUGCAUCUCCCUGUGCCGAGAGCUGGAGCCUUACAGCACCAUCAUCACUGCUAUCAGUGACAGCAAAACUAGCAACAUCCGCCAGAGGCCCAUCACCUUUGAGAAUGCCACACAUUAUUACCUCUACAAUCGCCUUAUGGACUUCCUCACCAGCAGGGAAAUUGUGAAUCGGCAGAUCCAGGAGAUUGUACAGAGCUGUCAGCCUGGGGAGGUGGUAAUUCGUGAUGCUCUCUACCGGCUCGGAGUGGCACAGAUUAAAACAGAAACAGAAGAGGAUGAAGAAGAGAAGCAGGAAAAUGAUAAAGACGUUGCUUAGUAACAAACCAACUCGCUGGUUUCUCUCUCUGGUUGCGAGCUGGGCCAGCUUCUGCAGGGUUUGGGCAGCUGUCUGGCUCAAGAACUUAUUUUUACAGAUUGGAGGUGUAGUAGCGGUGGCUUUGACUGCUUUUAAUGACCAAAGAGCUGUGUGCUUCCAGAGUGUCACAAAUGCUGCUGUGAGUGGGUCUGCCACACUCCUUGCUGAAGGCUGCAGCUCCCUCUGUGUGAGGUGUGCGACGGACCCACUCCUCAGCUGUGUGCAGUUGCCCUCCCUGCAGUUGGCAAGUGGAGAAGCAAAUGAUGUUUCUGGUAGCAGGGGGUAUGCAUGGCCAAGUGCACAGGUUUCUUAAUUCUGAAUCUUGCUUGCUGACUUCUUUGUGCAUACUGGUGGCAGGGCUUGAGGAUGUGGGAAUAGGUUCAAAAGGCAGAUAACUAAUUCGUUCCAAAAUGUUCCAGACAGAUUAGGUUAGGACAAUGGCUCCUGCUUGGAAAUCCUGCAGAGCUCUCACACAUGGGCUUCAGGGAGUCCUUAGCUGAAGAGGAGGAGCCAUGAAGCUUUAAGGUGUCCUGUCUGAGAGCCUCCCUGGAGGCUGCCAUUCUGAAGCCAGGAUUGAGAGUAUUUUGGCUGCUGAAGCUGUCUGGAAUUAUUUGUCCCCUCACAUGAGCACUAAUAAUUUAGAAGCUGAAACACAUAGCAAGUAAAUGGUGUUCUGUACAUUAAGAGUUUACCUGUCAGGCCCCAGGGAAUCAAGUUCAUUAGGGGGCUGUAUGAGGUGUUAGCUGUGAAAAUAGGAAGGACACUCCCAUUUCUAUGCUGUCCUCUUGAAUGCUUUCUGUUGUUGUUUUGUUUAAGGACUUGAAUUUCUGUUACUGUGCCCUUAGAACUGAGUCACAAAGACUGUGAGAUCAAGGAGAAACAAUGCAGGAUUGCCAGAGUGAGCAGAGUUGUGAGGUCCUCCCUCAGAAUAGACACUGGAGAGCUGCAUCAACAUGUGCAGUCUUAGUGCCCUAGGUGUCUUAUUCACCUUGCCUGUGUCCCACAGCACUUGUGAGUUAGAGGAGCCUCUUGCUGUCCUGGCUGCUUUCUCAGCUCCUGCAGCAUGUCUAAAGAACACCUCAGGCUCUGACUGUAAAGCUCUAUGUGUCUUGCUGUCAAGUCCCUUUGGUUGUCGCUGGCACCAAAGCUGAAGGUUUUUGUUUGCUGUGCUGCAGAGGAGAGAGUGGUGUUGAACUAUGGAGGGAGUUUAGUUUGUCUGAGUGAGCAGGGGGGAAGAUUCAGAGGCUUGUGGUGUGGUUGAAAAUUCCCUUCUGUGAAGGGGAACCUAUUGAGUACCGUACUGUAAAAGUAAAUGUAUCAAGUCUGAGCACAUGCAGUAAUUAUGGCUUGGGGUUUUUCUGUUAAGAACAUUAACUUAUUAUAAGAGAUGCUAGUGACUUUUUUCAGUCAGUGAUAAAAUUUAAUAAAUUAUCUCCAAUUUUGGGGGUGAAACUGCAGCCGAGUGAGUUGUUCUUUGCCUACAAGACCUGAAGACUGCAGUGGGAAAGGGUACAAGCACUGUGUGUGUGUGUAAACUGUGCUUCCAGUCUGCACAGACAGAAAGCCUGGUAUUCUCAGAAGCAGCGUGGUAUGAGAAGAACAGCUCAAGAAAUUGUUCAGGCCCUUGUAUAACUCCUAGGGUUUUCAUAUGUAUAUAUUUUAAGAGGCUGCUCAGUACUAUCAGUGCUUCUCUUACCCAGAUAGCUUGGAACGUCUCUCAGGAUACAUCUGCAGUUUGCAAAAAUGAUCUAAAUCCAUUCUUUCAUCUCCAGGCUCAGCAGAGUUCAGAUGGAAUUAACAAGGUUUGUGGAGCAAUGGCAGGUCUAUGAGAAUGAGAUGGCCAGCUCCCCUGGUCAGCCUACUCUCAUUCUGCAGUUCCCUGAUGACUUUCUGCAGCAGGUGACAGUGACAUCUUUUUAUUAUGAAUUACAAACAGGCCAUUCAGAGUAAAGGCCUUUUAAUGUGCUUCUCUUAUUUCCUCUCUUAUUACACAAGACAGUGGUUUUAAGAACUGAUGAUGAGAAUUAUGUGUGAUGA